AUGCGAAUCCAAUGGUCAGAUCUAAAGACCUUUGAUAUCAUUGGGUCCGGUUCCUUCGGGCGAGUCUUUCAUGGCGACCUUCUUGGCACAGAGGUUGCUAUUAAGGAAUGCGUUCGAUCAAACUCUAAAGCCUUUGAUGAAAAGUACUUUAAACGCGAAGUUGACAUUUUGAAACAAUCCAGACAUCCCAACAUCGUUCAGUUCAUGGGUAUAUGCAAACGGAAAAAGCGCUUUUAUAUCGUGACUGAGUUUCUCCCACUCGGAAACCUUCGACGGUGGAUUCAAGAUGAGACAAAAGAGUUUGGAUGGGAUACUCGAAUCAGUUUCGCAAUCGAUAUAUCUUUGGCGUUGGCGUACUUGCACCACAAGAAUAUCAUUCAUAGGGAUUUGAAAGGCGAGAAUUUGCUCAUCUCUGAGAACAUGCGCAUUAAGGUCUGUGAUUUUGGAUUUAGUCGCGUGGAGGCCAAGGAUGAUGAUGAAAUGCGAAGGAUCAGUUACUGUGGUACUGAUGGAUAUAUGGCACCCGAGAUACUUUUGGGUGAAGACUUCGAUUGUAGUGUUGACGUGUUCUCAUUCGGCAUUGUCCUUGCAGAAAUGAUGGCUCGACAUGUCGUGGAUCCACAACAUUUCCAACGCGUGCCUCCUGAUAUGAGUGUCUCUCCGGAUGAGAUCUUAUUUCGAGCUCAGCCUGGAUGUCCCAUUGAGCUUGGAGAACUCGCUAUCCAUUGUGUCCAACCAUUACCGCAGAAUCGCCCUAAACUAAAACAAAUAGUCGAACGCCUG